GAGAGAAAUUCCAAUAGACACGGAGGAGAGAGAGAGGCCUCCGUGGAGGGAAAGGAAGAGAGAGCGCCUCUUCUUUUCUCCUUUUCUAUCUUUCAUUUUAUUAUCAUUUUCAUUCAUCCCUUUCAUUUAUCCCUCCCGCUCGAUCUCUCUUCUUCCCAAAUCCCCACUACUCCCGCCUCUCCGCGUCCAAUUUCAUCACAAAAUAACCCGGCCCCCCACUCUGCCCCUAAAUUUCGGGGUUCAUUACCGCUAUCUCGCUGGCAGUUCUCCCCUUCCUCCUCCCGUUUAUUGCUCUCUUCCUCCCCUUCCUCGCCUCUCCCCUCAAUCUUCGGCGGACGACGGAGGAGGAGGAGGCGGUCGCAGCUGGAGGCGCAGAAGAGGAGGAGGAGGAGGAGGAGGAGGAGGAAGAAGUGGAUGAGAUCGGCGCAGAUUGUGGUGGCGGAAAUCGAAGGAAAUCGAAGGGCAUAAGUGAGUAUUCCGAUCCUUUUCUCUAUAGUUUGGAUCCGCGCAGGCCCUCCAUGGAUCCCGGGGAGGAACCCCCUCCGUCUCCCCUCCGAAAUGGGGGAACGUGCUCGUGCUCCUGCCUCUGCUGCGGUCCCGGCUCCGUCCCCUCCGAGGGCUCGCGCCACUCCCUGAAGCGAAAGCUGGAGCAGAUGGAGGAGGCGGAGGCAGAGGGUUCGAAGGGAGAUCCCCCCUCAAAUGCAGCGGAGGGCGUGGCGCGGGUGGAGAUCGGGAACGAAGCGGCGGCGCUGCGGGAGGCAGUGGGGAGGCAGCAGCAGUCGAUCCAGGAGCUGUACGCGGAGCUGGAGGCCGAGCGGAACGCAGCGGCAACGGCGGCCAGCGAGGCGAUGUCGAUGAUCCUGCGGCUGCAGCGGGAGAAGGCGGAGGCGCAGAUGGAGGGGCGGCAGUUCAAGCGCUUCGCGGAGGAGAAGAUGGCCCACGACCAGCAGGAGAUCGCCACCCUGGAGGACCUCCUCUUCAAGCGCGACCAGGCCUUGCAGUCCCUCUCCUGCGAGGUUCAGGCCUACAAGCACCGUCUCCUAUCCUAUGGCAUACUCGACCACCCUCUUCCCUCCUCCUCCGAGCCCCAGACCCCCGAGUCCGUGACAGGCGCAGCACACCAAUUCGACCUGGGUUACCCUCCCCUCAGAUGUACUGUCCCCCCAGCCGACGCCGACGCCGACGCCGAUGCCGAUGCCGACCUGGACAAGUACCCUUUUGGGGAGACCCCGCGAGAGCACCUGCAGAAGCUGGAGCAGCGCAUCUGCCAUCUGGAGAGGAUGCCCAGCCACAUCGCUGAGAAGGGGGUGGUUGUGGGCCACUCCCCUCGCCGGCCCAGGCAUCUCAGGAGAUUCUCUGUCGACAGCUUCGGCUCUCCCAGGGGUAUGGAGUACUACAGCAGCACUAACAACAAUAAUAAUAACAAUAGGGGAGAGGAUUUUCCUGUGAUGGUGGACCGAGCCAUGUCUGAAAGGGAUGAUGAAAUGAGCGAUCGUGUGUACACAAUCGAUGCAGUUCACGGGGUGGCUGUCGGGGCAUGUGAUGACUAUGCCACUGGCGGCACGCCCAGGAGGGGGCAUGCGGUGGGUGGUGCGGGAGUUGAGGAGGAAGAGAUACGCAAGCUGUACAUGAGGUUGCAAGCACUCGAAGCCGAUAGGGAGUCAAUGAGGCAGGCCAUCAUUUCCAUGGGCACUGAUAAAGCACAGGUAGUGUUGUUGAGGGAGAUCGCACAGCAGCUUUGUAAGGAGGCCGCACCUGAUAGGAGAGUUGCCAAACGGACGUCUUUUAUCAGAAAUUUCUCCAUUACCUCUGUGAUGAAGUGGAUCUCGUCAGUUGUCUUUUGGAGGAAGAAGUCAUCUCGAAUCAAGUAUCCCUUCGGACUAUCAGGCAACAAUGUCGGCUUACUGCUUCUAUUAGACAAGUCUCCCCGUAUGAGGCAUCGAAGAUUUCUCACAAGAGCACGGGGGUGAUCAGACCACCCCUUAUUUUUUAUUAUUCUGUUGAAUGAGCUUACACCUUCCCCUCUUAAAUGUAAGCUCAUUGAGGUAUAUAAUUUGAAAGCGGAUCAGGCUUUGCAUUGUUGCUCAUGUGAUGCAUUCUUUUGUGGAUAUUGUGGGAUAGCAUAACUGAAGUUUGAGAGUUUCCUUUUCUUGAAUAUCCACAUUUCGUUCUCAUUGAUUGAUUUCAGUUAAAUAUUGUCGUUAUUAAAAGUUGUGAAUGCCAGCAUCCACGUAAGCUGCUGUAAA